AUGACUUCAAACUCUUUUGCACCUUUUCCAUUACCAUCAUCUCUACCUUUAAACCCUAAAGCAAGAGUCAAAUCAAUUCCAAGCUCAGAUCUUUCAAGAUACUCACAAUAUAUCCAGCCAGUCACCAUUUUAUCUCCUCUAUCAACUCCUACUACUCCUAAAAUAAGUCAUGUAUCUUCCCCAGAAAAUGACAAUAACAGAUCUUCUCAUAAAAUGAGAUCUUCCGUUAACCUACUCAAACCUCUCCCACGUCUUAACCAUCAAAGCCUGACACCAUGUCCCAAAACCCCAAAUCUAUCUCUACAACCUCCUUAUCGAAAUUCCUCUUAUAUUAAAUCAAAUUUCUCAAAAGCCGAACAAGAUGAUGUCUCAGAUAAGCCGUAUAGCAUGAAUCUUAAAAGCAUGUAUAAUUUAGAUUGCACAUCUAAAUUAGCUCUUUUCAACAAUUAUUCAACAAAUUCCCUCCACCAAGAAAAUCUUCCACCACUCCCCCCUCUAGACUGGGACUCACCUACAGACCCACAGAACCCCAAAAACUGGAGUAACUUCAAAAAAUGGUUUGUAACCAUAUUAACCAGCUAUCUUUGUCUGGUAGUGUCCUUUGGAUGCUCUCUUUAUGUCACUGCUAUUAUCAAAUUAAUGUUUCACUUUGGAGUCUCCCAAGAAAAAAUUUUACUGGGCAUGACACUUUAUCUUAUUGGGCUCUCUCUAGCCCCCGUCAUUGGUGCACCUUUAUCCGAACGCUUUGGACGCAAACUCAUUUACCUUUCCAUGGUCCCAUUAUCCAUGCUCUUUAUGGUGGGUUCCGCAAAAGCCCAUAAUAUGAAAACAGUCUUGGCUUGUCGGUUUUUUACGGGAUUAUUUGGUGCACCUGUUCUUGCCAUUGCCGCUGGAACUAUUGCAGAUCUUUGGGACUUGGAUAUGCUAGUCACAGCCAUGACUAUUUUCAGCAUUGCUCCUUUGGCAGGACCCAUUCUUGGUCCUAUUAUUGGAGGUUAUGCAUUACAAAACUUCAACACUAGUUGGAACAUGGUCUUUUACAUACAGCUUAUUUUUGCUGGUGUCGCAAUCCCCUUCCUCAUCAUUAUGCCAGAAACCUUCAAACCAGUUAUUUUAAAAAACAGAGAAAAAAAACGUGAAAAGGAAAAGAAACGAAUUUUAGAAAACAAAAAUGAAAAUAAUACCAUUGACACUUUUGACGGCCAAACAACAUGUGUUUCUCAAACUUGCAAAAUUUCGAGAAUCUUUCAUCAAACCCAAAAAUCUUUGAAAUACACAGUCUUUUUCCCCAUAAAACUCUUGUUUGUGGAACCUAUUAUUCUCAUCUCAUCUAUCUACACUUCUUUUGUAUUUUCCAUUCUUUUUGCCUUUUUAGAAUCCUACACCUACAUCUUUGUUGGCAAAUAUAAAUUCUCUCUGGGUCAAUGCGGGUUAGCUUUCCUGGGUAUUGCUGUUGGUCUCAUCAUUGCUGGCAUUUUUUUUAUUCUUGCAGACAGAUUUUAUCUUCAAAAACUCUUCAAGAAGCAGAAACAAGAAAAAUUGGCCACCAUGAGCUCACAAGAAAAAAUUAACCAAUACAGUGCCUCCAGUGUUCCUGGAAUACCUGAAUUCGACAUUCCAAUCUCCCCAGAACAAGUAUUAGUAAUUUGCAAAAUAGGAUCCAUACUUCUCCCAAUCUCUCUCUUCUGGCAAGGCUGGACUGCUCAAUACAAGCUUCACUGGUUGGUACCAUUAGCUGCCGGUAUUCCUUUUGGUAUAAGUUUAAUUUUUAUUUUUUUCAGUCUCAUUGUGUACAUUGAGUUUAUUUAUAACAAUGAUGCUGAGAUGCUGGCAUCAGUGUUUGCAGCUAAUAACAUUUUCCGCUAUCUGGUUGCCUCAGGGUUCCCUCUAUUUACUAUUCGAAUGUACAAAGCGCUUGGUAUUGCCUGGAGUUCUACGAUUUUCGGCGGCAUUGCUUUCAUUCUUGUUCCGGUUCCUUGGCUUUUUGAAUAUUUUGGACCCUGGCUGCGAUCAAAGUCUAAAUAUGCCAAACAAAAAAGAUCAAAAAGAACAAUUCCAACAAGAAACUUUAAAUAA